CCAAACUCACCUAAAUCAAAAAUCAAAAAAAAAAAAUCGCAGAUCUGUGGUUAUUUUUGGUAAGAUUUUGCCAAAUUGUUUCUUUGAUCCGGACGAGAAAAACCCUAAAACACCACUCAUAAACAUGACUUAAACUCAAACCAUGCUACUUGCUGAAUUUGGGAGCAUCGAUUGACGGUUUUCUUAAAAUUAUCAGGAGAAUCAGUGUAAAGCAAUAAUAAUCAUUCGAAUUUGUGAUCGUAUUCGUGUUCUUCAAUGGUGGAUGCACUCUCUUGUAUUCCCGCACCUGUACUUCGUAACCUUGCAGAUAAACUGUAUGAAAAGAGAAAGAAUGCUGCAAUUGAGGUUGAAGGAAUUGUCAAACAAAUGUCCAGUACUGGAGAGCAUGAGAAGAUUACGGCUGUGAUCAAGUUAUUGACUGAUGAAUACACCUUUUCCCCUCAGUCUAAUCAUCGAAAGGGUGGCUUGAUUGGAUUAGCUGCGGUAACUGUUGGUUUGACCUCGGAAGCUUCUCAGCAUCUUGAACAAAUUGUACCUCCUGUGCUCCAAUCCUUUUCUGAUCACGAUAGUAGGGUUCGGUAUUAUGCAUGUGAAGCCUUGUAUAACAUUGCAAAGGUUGUAAGAGGGGAAUUUAUUGUGUUCUUUAACCAGAUUUUCGAUGCUUUAUGCAAGCUGUCUGCUGAUUCUGCUGCUAAUGUGCAGAGUGCUGCCCAUCUCUUAGAUCGGCUUGUAAAGCAGGAUAUUGUAACUGAAAGCGAUCAGUUUAGCAUUGAAGAAUUCAUACCUUUGCUGAGGGACCGCAUGAACGUGUUGAAUCCUUAUGUUCGCCAAUUUUUGGUUGGGUGGAUUACUGUCCUGGACAGUGUCCCUGAUAUUGAUAUGCUGGGAUUUCUUCCAGAUUUCCUCGAUGGUUUGUUUAAUAUGUUAAGUGAUUCUAGUCAUGAAAUACGUCAACAAGCUGACUCAGCACUAUCGGAGUUUCUACAGGAAAUUAAGAAUUCCCCAUCUGUAGACUACGGUCGCAUGGCUGAAAUUUUGGUGCAAAGGGCGGAAGCUAUUGACGAAUUUACUCGUCAGACUGCCAUUACUUGGAUUAAUGAGUUUGUAAAAUUAGGUGGGGAUCAACUUGUUCCAUACUAUGCGGAUAUUCUCGGAGCCAUAUUGCCCUGUAUUUCUGACAAAGAAGAUAAAAUUAGAGUUGUUGCUCGGGAAACCAAUGAUGAACUUCGCUCCUUCAAGGUUGCUUCAGGUGAAGGUUUUGAUGUUGGAGCAAUCCUAGUUGUUGCGAAGGGACAUUUAUCCAGUGAAUGGGAGGCUACCCGUAUUGAAGCGCUGCACUGGAUUUCAGCUCUUUUGGACAAGCAUCGUGUUGAGGUUCUAUCUUUUCUAAGUGAUAUAGUUGAUACUCUUCUCAAAGCACUUUCUGAUUCUUCAGAUGAGGUAGUGCUGUUGGUGCUUGAGGUGCAUGCAUGCAUAGCAAAAGACACAGAGCAUUUCAGAAAUCUUCUGGUUUACUUGCUUGAUGCCUUUCAAAAUGACCAUUCUCUUCUAGAAAAACGAGGUGCGUUGAUAAUUCGGCGGCUCUGUGUUCUACUUGGUGCUCAAACAGUGUAUCGUGAGCUUUCUUCUAUUCUUCAAAAGGAACCCGAUCUUGAUUUUGCAUUUAUUAUGGUUCAGGCUUUAAAUUUAAUUUUACUAACAUCGUCUGAGUUAUCGGAACUGCGUGAGCUAUUGAAACAAUCUCUUGUCAACUGUGCUGGGAGAGACUUGUUUCACGCUUUAUAUGCUUCUUGGUGCCAUUCUCCAAUGGCAAUCAUUAGUUUGUGCUUAUUAACGCAGACAUACCAGCAUGCCAGCACUGUCAUACAGUCUAUGGUGGAAGAAGAUAUCAGCAUUAAAUUCUUGGUCCAGCUUGACAAGUUGAUUCGGUUACUUGAGACUCCAACCUUUUCUUAUCUGAGAUUGCAGCUUCUGGAGCCUGGAAGAUAUACUUGGUUGUUGAAAGCCCUUUAUGGCCUGCUUAUGUUACUUCCCCAGCAAAGUGCAGCAUUCAAGAUUUUGCGUACGCGACUGAAAACUGUGCCUACAUAUUCCUUUGUUGGUGAGCAGAAAUACUGGAGUACGCCUCCAGAAACGUCGCAUUCAAAGAUUUCAAAUCAUGUGGACAUCGAAUUACAUUAUACCCAAGAUGGUGUCAUGAUGCAGGAUGGGGAGAAUAUGUCUAAUGGAAUUAAUUUUGAUUCUAGAUUGAAGCAAUUUAAGCAAAUGCAGCAGGAACAUCGGGUAAAUGCUAAAUCACAAGCACAGUUGAGGAAGUCUUCAGUCAAUAUGACAAAGGAGGUUCAGAGACCCGAGGAAAACGAGCAAUCAUCAUCUACUACAGACACCAACCAGCCUCCACAAUCCGUAAAGAAACCACCUGCACAGUUGUAAUUGUAAUUAUUUGAUAAUUUCAUUUAUUCUGGUUGGGCCACUCUCUCGCUCCGCCUGCUUGGAUCUGAUUUUGGGAUCUGAUAUUAUUUCUGAAGUUGUAUAUUUCCUGUAAUUUUUCGUUUUUUGGGUUAAUUAGGGGAGGUUUGGUUGGUAGUUCACAUUGAGAGAGCCUCAGGGUCAUAUGAAAAGCUCAAUUCUUGGAUUAUUUGCCCUAUCUAUAUAUAUUUUAUAUAUUUUAAUCAGGAUGGGCAAUGGUUGUUCUGCUGUCGUGGUUCCUGAUGUUUUACUAAAAACCGAGGUGGGAUAGAGGACUUUGCAAAGGCCGUUGAAUCUGUUGCCGAUUGUUUAAGAAGCCGACGUCUGAUUUUUGUAUAUACACCAAGGCCGCUGGCGAGAUUGAAAAUAUUACAUUUUGUAUUCAAUAUAGUGCAACGGCAACUUUGAUUAAGCCAAUUCUGUGCUUACUAUUUUGUUGUGCUUUGGUAAGUGUAGUUAAGUGUCAAGCAAUGUCAAAUAUUUAAAACUUGAUUUUUUAAGAAAAAAAAAAAUCUACCUCAUUUCACA